AUGAUCGACGACAAAAGCCAAGACGAGGAGGUCUCGGUGAUGGCCCAAGGCAGAAUUCGCGCCGCCCUGGAAUCCGACUCCGAAUCGGACGUUUCUCAGCUUCUGGGUCGGCGCUUCAAGCCGCGAGCGCGGGGGCAGGCGACGAAAGCGAUCCAAGCCCGUUCCCGGCCCUCACGGUCGGAGUCUUCUGCUGUGUCUGGGUGUACUGCAAGCAACGGGCGUUGGGCGGGGACCCAGGCGGAUCGGCAGCUGGUGCCCGCCGCAAUGGAAACGGAUUCUGGGUCAGACGAGCUUCCGGCUCUGCGCAAGCGGCGGGUUUUCGAUCGGUCAGCCCGCUCUUCACAAACCAGGCGCCGCCGCCAAGUGCUGCUCUCAUCAUCGGAGUCCUCGGGUGAGAACGGCGACGUCUGGGCAAGGCAGAGCGACACUACUGGGUUGGACGAGGAGGUGCAGCAGAGUAGGGGCAAUGAGCCCGUGCCUGGUGACAGUGCGGCCAGUUGCAACGACCCGCCAGAGCCUGAAGACGAUGGCUGCUUCGACGAAUCUGACUUUGGGGAGGACGUGCCGCGUCCGCGGCGAGCGACCAUGGGUCAGGUGAGCGCCGUUUUCCUGCUGGAGUCCGGGCCAUCCGCGAG